CGCUUCUAACGGAUUGCCCGUCCUGCCCAGGGCUCAUUCCUCUACUCACUUUCUCUAAGCACGGGCAUGCGUAAGAAUAGAACGGAUGAUGAACUCUUUUGUAAAAUGGGCGCUUAUCCUGUUCGUCCUCGUCUCCAUCAUCCUCAACAUUGUCCUGAUCGGCAUUCACACAAGCAGGGCACCUAAAUGUUCCACUCAGCGUGUCCACCCGCUGAAGCGCAACCACGACGAGCGCAGCCUCGUUUUCGCUGACCUCAGCCGGCAGGAGUACUUGCAGGUCCAGCAGUUCAUGCUCAAGCAGAAAGACCUGGACAUAUCCACCAACCAGAACACCAAGCCGUGGGAAAAUUUCUUGUUUUUAAUAGAUCUAUCUCUUCCCAAAAAAGCGGACGCGCUGGCUUACUUAGAUGGGAAGAGCGCAAAGCCGGAUAGAGAGGCUACCGUGGUGGUCUUCCACGGCGCAAAAGGCUACGUUAAGGAGUACGUAGUGGGGCCUCUCCCCAACCCGACAUACCACAGAGAUGUCACCAUUGAGAGGUACAACAUGGAACUGCCUAUCACUUCGCGCACGGUCACCAUCGGGGAAUACGACUUACUUUUUAGAUAUGUGGGUGAGGUCUUCUUCAAGUUGGGGAAGCUCAUGAAAGAGAGCUUCGACGUAGAUCAGAACAAGAAGCUGAACGCGUUUGAGCAGAUGCCCCGUGGAAUUCGAUCCGGGGACAGACGUACCUGGAUAUCUUUCUUUAGGGAUAUGAGCGGCAUGUACAUCCACCCGGUGGGCUUCGAGCUGCUGAUCAACCACGAGAGCGUCAACGCGUCUGAAUGGAAAGUGGAGCGGCUGCUUUAUAACGGCCAAUAUUUCGAUACUGUAGAUGAGCUUAAAGUGAAAUAUGAUGCGGGGUCUGUUAAGAAAAUAGUUUACAAGGAGACGCCUGACUAUGGUUCACUGAAACCCAGGCACAAGCCUCUUCAGAUCGGCCCGCAGCUGUUUAACCCAGAGGGGAAGCGCUAUAGCAUCAGCAACAACCAUGUCCUGUACUUGGACUGGAGCUUCGCCUUCGGGCUCAGCUCUGUUACAGGCUUGAGAGUGUUUGAUGUGCGUUUCAAAGGAGAAAGGAUAAUCUACGAGCUGAGCGUGCAGGAGGCCAUGUCAGUCUACGGUUCAGUGACUCCGGGGAUGAUUCUGACAAAGUUUUUGGACGCGAGCAUCGGGAUAGGGCGCUUCGCACACGAACUGGUCCGUGGUGUAGAUUGCCCCCAUGAAGCCACCUACGUGGACACAAACCGCUACAUGGAUGUUUCAGUCCCGGUCAGAUAUAGGAAUUCUUUCUGUGUGUUUGAGCACAACAUGGGUCAGCCCCUGCGGCGGCACUUUGCGGACUUUUUCUCCAAUAGUUACGGAGGUAUGGUGAACAGCGCCCUGGUGGUUAGGACCAUCACAGCAAUUGGAAACUAUGACUACAUGUGGGAUUUCAUCUUCUACCAGAGUGGCUCAGUGGAGGCCAAAGUGCACGCCACCGGCUACAUCUCCUCUUCUUACCUAGUGGAUGGUAGUCUAAAAUAUGGACACCAGGUCGCCGAGAAAGUGCUGGGGAACAUCCACACCCAUUUUAUCAACUUCAAAGUGGACCUAGAUGUGUUGGGAGUAAAUAACCUUUUCCAGACGAAAGACAUGGACUAUGUCAAUGUGUCAAUACCAUGGAUGCCUGAUCACUAUGCUAUGGUUCCUCAGCUGGUGGAGAAGCAACUUAAAACAGAACAGGAGGCAGCCCUACGUUACGACACUAAGACUCCUCGCUACCUCCACAUCGCCAGCAACAAGACCAACCGCUGGGGUCACCAUCGGUCCUAUAGGCUGCAGGUCUUUAGCUUCACCGGGGACCACCUCCCAGAGAGCCAGGCCGAGGAAAGAGCCAUGUCCUGGGCCAGGUAUAAGGUUGCCAUCACCAAGCAUAAGGAUUCAGAGCAGUUCAGCUCCAGUCUGUACAAUCAGAACAACAUCUGGAAUCCAGCUGUAGACUUCAGCAAGUACAUAGAAGACAACGAAAACAUUGAAGACAAGGACCUGGUUGCCUGGGUGACCACCGGCUUCCUCCACAUCCCCCACUCUGAGGACAUCCCCAACACGGUAACUGUGGGCAAUGGGGGCGGGGUCCUGCUACGGCCCCAUAACUAUUUUGACAAGGACCCGUCUAUCCACUCCGCUGAUAGUGUGUACAUUAACCCGGGCAGUGAAGACAGCUGUGAGAACAAUAGGAUGGCCUGCCUUGCUCAAGAGACCUGUAGCCCCGUCCUCGAACCCUUCACCUACAACGGCUUUGACGGAGUCAUGAAGUUUGAAGAUGAGGUCUGAUUUAUUGUGCACGGCCAGCAAAUUUGAAUAUCUGAACUACAUGUGUUGGAGCAUCAGGCAAGAAAAUAAGUAUUGAAAUUAUUUAUGGAAAACAUACUUACUUAGUGUUUCUGAAAGUGCGAGGAGAAGAUCAAUACCCUCUCAUAUUUGCAGAUUGUUAUCGAGCUUCUCCUCUCAUUCUUUGAUGGAAAGAAAAUAAUCAUAUUUCUUGAAAUGUCUAAAUUUUUUUUUAAUUGUCAGUUAUUAGCUU